CGACAAUAACUGUUGUGCCAUUCAACAGAGCGUCUUCCAGCUCUUUCACAGCCUCCCAUCGAUUUGCGGAGAACAGGCGCCUGUGGUUGAGGUUCGGUCUGGAAAGCGGCGGAGGAUGGACGGAAUUUGGUGGGAAGAGAGGUUUUGCGUGAGGAGUGCAGUUUGAGUUGAUUUUCCUGAACGGUCGACACCUUCAAAGACAAUUAAAGCGCCGCGCCGACGCGGCAUAUUUGCCAGCAUGCUGAAUGGGUGUUGGUAAGUAGAAAACAACGCGUCGUCCGUUGUGGUCCAUGCCCGUCCGACUCUGACUCACGUCCGUCCUUCCCAAUUCCUGCGAGUGCCAAAUCUUUGCACGAUAUCGUGCUAUUUGUAUUGCCAGACUCUUCUUAUUUUCAAAUUGAAUCUGCCUAGCUCGACUGUGGAAGGCUUGCUCCACCAUUGCCUGCCAGCGCCGUGAGAGUACCGGUGUAUUUCAAGUCAAAGCUCAAUCACCUGGAAGGCUGCACCUUGCCUUUCGGCUGCUUGCGCACUUGCUCCGGCAAAAGCGUGAUGGAGGAGGACAUUGACAUGUUCGACUAUGGUGGAACCUUGGGCGGCCUCCGUGACGGGGAACCAGACCUUGGCGGCAAGGUCUUGCCGGAGCAUGAUCGAUCGAACUCGUCGACAUCGUCGUUCUCGAGCACCAUAUCUGCAAAUAAUUCCAUGCGCAGGCCAACCUCACUGAACCAGUUUGCGGAAUGCCAGCCGGAGCUACAAAUUACUUCUCCGAAUCUUGUACAGUUACUGAAAGAUGAGAUGACAGCAUACUAUAGAGGUCAGGGUAGCCAUAGAAAUGAUGUUGGAGUGAUUCGGACCAACAUACCGUUGCACCCCGCUGGGUAUGUUGGCUACUUUGAGGUAGAGGUUUUGGAUGCCGGGGAAAGAGGCUGCGUCUCUAUUGGCCUCUCGCACAGUGAAUCUUCGGCUAAUAAGCAUGCUGGAUCGGAUUCAAGGUCUUGGAGCUGGCUUGGAGCUGAAGCCCGUCGACUUCACGACUCGCGGCGAGACCCAUACGCAGCGGGUGUGAAGAUUAAAAGCAAAGAUGUGAUGGGAUGCGGAUACCACUUCGAAAAGGGUGUCAUUUUCUUUACACUGAACGGACGAUCACUAGGUGUGGCGUUCCAGGAUGCUAAAGGUGAUCUCUUUCCUACAGUCGGCUUGCACAGCCCCGGAGAAUGUGUAAGACUUAAUUUCGGGGGAAGGCCCUUUGAUUUUGAUAUUUGCGCGUACAUUGAGGAGGAAAAACGCUCUAACAUGCAGCGAAUCCGUGCGCUACCAUUGUCGAAUCAAGAUACUGACUGGAUAAUACAGUCCUACCUUUUGCAUUGUGGUUACGCAGAAACGUUCGAAACGCUUUGUGGAUCCCAACCUCCUCCAGGGCAAGGCCAACUUCUCGAAAUGCUGGAGAUUCGGAAGGCCAUCCGACGCUUGAUACUGACAGGAGAUAUCGCAGCAGCACAGGCAUUGACGCACCUUCAUUUUCCCUCAGUUCUGGAUCCCGGUGGAGGUUCGCGCAAUGUGCGACUCCGCUUGUUUUGUGAAUGUCAACAAUUUGUUGAGCUCGUGAGAAAAGGGGCGCAAGAGGAUGAACUCAUUAGUACGAUGCAGACUAAUCUCGGAACAUUUUAUCGCGGCGACGUAGAAGGGUGCCACUUGGAUGACGAAUUGCAUAAGAUGUUACAGGCAGUAGUUUCGUUAAUCGCCUAUGACAAUCCUUCGGCUGCGCCGCAGCAAGAGCUACUUGACGAGAGGCAACGGGAGGUGGUAGCAGACAUGUUGAAUGACGCAAUCAUUGCCUCAAUGAGUAACCCGCCACCCUCUCUUAACUUGGACCUCCUCCUGCGUCAGCUUGUUUUGGUCCGCAGUCGCUUGCGCGUUUUCCAAGAUGGAGUCGAUUCCCGGAGCAUCGGAAAAGGUCAUUACAGUCCUAGGAGAGGGACGGAAGGAGGCGAAGAACUUCGGCCCUCGUCUGCUUAUUCGAGAGCAGGGCUAGAGUUGGCGGAUAUCACGGCGGAAGUUGUUGCGUAGAAACAGGUCAACCGUAUCACAAUGACGGGUAGAAAGUGUAUGAUUCUUGUGGUUCUUUGCAUGGAAUAUCUUCCUUGCGAUUAGCUUUACACGGCGGAUUCUAAUACGUGUGUUUUCUUUGUACAUAUUAUCAAAUAAAAGAGCAUUACAUGGCAC